AUGGCGGAUUUCAGCGAUGACGCCCUCGCAGCCGAGCAGCAGCAGCACAACGUCACAGCCGAAACCUCCAAGCCUCGCACCCUCGCAACCAAGCACAACCUCCCAGACCAGCAACAUCUCGUCCCAGGCUACAUUUCAGGGACCGUCCUCUUCAAAUACGCCGUCGAGUGCAAAGGCAGAGUUCCAGCAACUGGCUGGCGGGGAAGUCCCGAGUACUCCGCAGAAGGGCCUGAAGCAGGUCGGCAGGUCCACAAAGCUCGCAGCUGGUAUGGCUCGUUGUCACGGAAGUCCCAGGCGUCUACACAGGUGGCCAAGGAGACCAUAUUGGGUGGGACUAUGAAGCCCAGCUCGACACCCGACUUCAGCCGCUUCGACACCAAGAAGAGCAUUGAUACAGUGAACUUCGAUCCACCCGAUCAUUCUACUACGACUUUACCAAACAUACCCGAAACCGCAACAGAUGCACCCAAGGAAGAGAGCAAGGCCAAGUUACCCCAAGAGAGUAGCAUGAGUGGCGACUCGCAGAAGAAAUCGGAUGAUGGGAACACUGAAAAUGGAAAACCGGCGAUGAAUUCGGUGCAGGCAGAACAUCCAUCCGCAGAAGCUUCACAACCGCCGCCGACUGCAUCGACGUCAUGGCUGACAUGGUUUGCUCGACCUUCGACCGCCACGGAAGCGAAGGCUCCAGAAGCCGAGGCUGCACCACAGGAAGCUCCGAAGGAGUCCGUGCAGCCACAACAACCGCCUGCCGAGCCCAUGCAGAUCGAUACACGAACCCCGCCAGCAGUCGAACAUCCCGAAUCAGCAUCCGGAUCAUACUGGUUCAGUUUCUGGCAAAGUGCAACUGUAGCCGCGACCAAUCCAUCUCAGGCGCCCGAGCCUACUGAACAGCCAAGUGUCACGAGCGAAGCGCCCAAAGAACCCGAGGACGCCGUGAUGCAAGAUGCUCCCCCUCCGCCAAAGCCAGACCCGUCUCCACAACCUUCGGCAGGUUCGACAUGGGCAUUCUGGUCGAGAGAUACACCCAAGAAGUCUCCCGGAAAGCCAGACCAAGUUCAGGAGCCUGGCGAGCUAGCCGUCAUCGGAGAUGGAUCUGAGACUCACCCCAAGCGAGCAAGUCAAAUUGAGGUUAACGAGCCUUCUUCAAAGGCAUCCUCGGUUAAAGAUGGCAAGGGGAAGGAUAUUCAACCCAAGGCUAAAGCGCCAAAGAAGACCAAACGAGUCCGGCCACAAUCUAUGGAGAUUGAUGAGGCGUUGCCUAUCCGCCCCGAAACGCCCAAAUCAGACACCUCUUCCCUCAAGGGAGAAUCAAGCACCAAAGCUGGUGCAAAGACGCCGAUAGCAACCAAGACUUUGCCGUCAAAUCUACUCCUACCAUCUUUUGGUAGUACCUAUCGUAUGAAGGAGAAUCCGUCAAUACUGAAGCAAAUCACACAACUCCUUCUGCGGACGCGACAAUCGCCUGCGAAACAUGUAUUUCUGGCGAGAGAACCGCCCAAACUCAAGAAAGCUGUGGCGAUUGGUGUCCAUGGUCUAUUUCCCGCAACAUACCUGCGACCAAUGAUUGGCCAGCCCACAGGGACAUCGAUCAAGUUUGCGAACCAUUGUGCAGAUGCUGUCCGGAGAUGGGCCGACUCUCACGGAUGUGAGGACUGCGAGAUUGAGAAGGUCGCUCUUGAAGGAGAGGGCAAGAUAGGGGAGCGAGUAGAGAAUCUAUGGAAGCUGCUCCUAAAUUGGAUAGAGCACAUACGCAAGGCAGACCUGAUCAUGCUCGCCUGCCACUCCCAGGGCGUUCCUGUCACGAUCAUGCUGGUUGCGAAGCUGAUCGAGCUGGGCAUCAUCACCACCGCCAAGAUAGGGGUAUGCGCGAUGGCUGGUGUCUCGCUGGGGCCAUUCCCAGACUAUAAAUCCGGCAUGGGUAUGCUGAUGGGCUCCGCUGCCGAGCUUUGGGACUUCGCCAAUUCCGAGAGCGAGGUAUCGAAGAGGUACGAGAACUCGCUGAAGGUCAUCCUUGGGUACGGAGUCCGGGUCACCUACAUUGGGAGCAUCGACGAUCAGGUCGUCCCGAUGGAGUCUGCUGUCUAUUCACCAGCCAACCACCCGUACAUCUACCGAGCUGUUUUCAUUGACGGCCGAAUACAUGCUCCAGACUUCAUUGCACACCUUGUCGGAUUUGCGCUGAAGUUGCGCAAUCUUGGCAUCUCAGACCACGGGCUUAUACGAGAGCUCUCCAUCUCCCUAGCAGGGAGUCUGUAUGGAGGGGAAGGGCACUCUCGUUUUCUUGCCGUGACCCAUUGUCUUGAGACAAGCAACGUGGGCAACUUGCCCUGCGACAUUCAGAAGUACGAGGGGCUCGCUAACCCCAACCCGUACCACCUGCCGUGGAUUAUGCGCGGCCUGCUGGAGGAGGACUUUGUCAAGACGGAGCUGACGGCCGAAACGACGGAGCUCGUCAAGCAAUUUGAUGACUGGAAGCCGGUGACCAAGGCAUUGAAAGACGUGAAGUAUAGACUAGAGGCUGUACGGUCGAAGCUAUGA